AUGCUCAGGUCAUUUGGGCGCAGGAGUGAUUCAUCACUUUCGCAGGCGCGCGCGCGCACCUCAUGUUCAUUCGAUAACGUAUUGAUGACUUCCAUGAUGCACUUCUGCAUGGGGCUCGUCAGUGUUGCGUCGUCUAUGGCACCAGACGGAGGCGCCCCAGCAAGCGAUCAUGGUGGGAUCGCCUCAGUCUUUCAAGUAUUCGGCUCGCUUGAGCGCAGCCACGUCGACGUUCACCCGAUGCAGCAGCGUGUCAGCGAGGAACCUUCCCCACUGCCCCCUGAUGUCGUGCAGAGUGAGCCUUCCCCACUGCCCCCCGUCGUCUACAAGGAAAUGGACGGCGGUGCAGGGAAGUUGCAUGUUGUAGUAGAGUUCGACAAUAGCACAGCACAGUCACGCCAGGCGCAAAACCCAUACACCGUGUAUGGCACCUCAGGCCACUGCUCGAUUUGCGGCAGAUCAGGGUACAAUUGUCUCGGCCAAUGCGGUAGCUACGAUGUGCCGUGGGCCAAUGUAGAUUUUGGUGGCAUCAAUUUGGGCACUGUCACCAAGUGA